CGCACCGCCCCGCGGGACCCGACACCUGCUAGACCUGCAGACCUCCAGACCUCCAGGACCUCGGACCUCCACGCACAGACCUGCACCCUCAGACCUCCACCCUCAGACCUCCAUCCUCAGGGUCACGCAGAGGAGCCAGGAUGAAGCUGGAGGUUUUCUCCGCGCACCACUGCGCGCAGAAGCCGCUGGAGCUGCGCCUGGACGCGGACGCGCACGGGGGCGUCCCGUCCCCGCUGUCCGGGGACGAGCUGGGCUCGGACGGGGACUGCGUGGCCAACAGCCCGCCGCCGCCCUCCGCGUCCCCUCUGCAGGGCGGCGUGGGGGGGGACCCCGGCAAGGGCAAGCCGUACACCCGCAGACCCAAGCCGCCCUACUCCUACAUCGCCCUGAUCGCCAUGGCGAUCCGCGCGUCCGGCUCCGGCCGCCUCACGCUGGCCGAGAUCAACGACUACCUGAUGAACAAGUUCCCCUUCUUCCGCGGCUCCUACACGGGCUGGAGGAACUCCGUCCGCCACAACCUGUCCCUGAACGACUGCUUCCUGAAGGUGCUGCGGGACCCGGCGCGGCCCUGGGGCAAGGACAACUACUGGAUGCUCAACCCGCACAGCGAGUACACGUUCGCGGACGGCGUGUUCCGCCGCCGCAGGAAACGCAUCAACAAGAGGCCGAGCAGUAAGGAGGAGCGGGACGGGGGCCCGGAGCCCCCGCUGCAGGGCGGGGGGGACACCCGCCUCCCCGCCCCGGAGGAGAGGAUGGACCGGGGGGGGAAGUUCUCCAGCUCCUUCGCCAUCGACAGCAUCCUCAGCACGCCCUUCAAGCGGCGGGAGGAGGAAACCCCCGCGGACGCGUGCGAGGGCCCCCCCGGGCUGCGGCUCUACUGGCCCCCAGGGGCCCACAUUUACCCGUACGCGCUGAACUACCCGCUGCAGCCCCCCUACCUGUCCGAGGUGACGGGGUACGGCGGCGCGGAGCCCGGCAGGGACGCACCGACGUACCUGCAGCCCGGGUUCAGGGCCCCCGGCACCGGCAGGGGCCCCAGCAGGGGCCCCCCCGCCUUCCACAUAGACUCACUGCUGUCAUGAGACCCGGGUUUCUGCCAAUCCACGCUACCUGUGCCCAAAAAUUACUACUUUGUGGUUCUGCGCAUUUGAUAUUCAUUCAUUCAUUGGCCUUUAUUUAACCAGGCGGGUCAUUAAGAACAUUCUUAUUUACAAUGACGGCCUGGCAAGAGACAAGGAAGUGGUUUAGGGAGUCAAACACAGUAAAACUGUAGCUCUGCAAAGGUAGAAAACCAUUAGGGAGCGUUUGUUUUUUGGCAAAGCAGCAGAACUUGGCAGAACAGCGGACCUGCUGCAGACUCGGACCCUGAACCGCUCCCAUCAUGACUCCCAUCAUGACCAGAAUACUGUCACGUCAAACAGCCAUGAUGCUGUUUUAUCUGAAUAAACUGGUGACAAACAAACUGGUGUCAUCUCAGGACGUCCUGUCCACGCAUGCGCCAGAGAGAGAGAGCGCGUUGUUUUCAUGUAUCGAUGGUUCAUUGGUCAUUUCUACUGUACCUAAAUCUGUCAAGUCUAUUUAUAGUUUCUUUUUGUAUGACCUGCUGUGUUGAUGUCGCUGUUGUGUAAAUAUAAUGUAUAAUAUAUGACCGAGAUGGAAUCACGUGACUGCACUAUUACAAACAAACGCAUGGAAAAGACAUUUUCCCCCAGAUUGAUUAUUGAUUGUUGGUUUGUAUUUUUAUGAAUAAAAAUACGUGAUAUGGGACCGUGAUGUUCAAGUAC